CCUGCGCUGGGCCCGGCGCGGGGGGCGCGGCCCCGGCGCCACAGACAGCGCGGCCGCGGACCGGGGAGCACCAUGUGCGGCAUCUUUGCUUACCUGAACUACCAUGUUCCCCGGACGAGGCGGGAGAUCCUGGAGACCCUCAUCAAAGGGCUGCAGCGCCUGGAGUACCGGGGCUACGACUCCGCAGGUGUGGGACUGGAUGGCGGAAAUGACAAAGACUGGGAAGCCAAUGCUUGCAAAAUCCACAUUAUCAAGCAGAAGGGGAAAGUGAAGGCUCUGGAUGAAGAGGUUCACAAGCAACAGGACAUGGACCUGGACAUCGAGUUUGACGUUCACCUGGGGAUCGCCCACACGCGCUGGGCCACGCACGGGGAGCCCAACCCCAUCAACAGCCACCCGCAGCGCUCCGACAAGAACAAUGAGUUCAUCGUCAUCCACAACGGCAUCAUCACCAACUACAAGGACCUGCGGAAGUUCCUGGAGAGCAAGGGCUACGACUUCGAGUCGGAGACGGACACGGAGAGCAUCGCCAAGCUGGUCAAGUACAUGUACGACAACCGCGACAGCGACGACAUCAGCUUCACCACGCUGGUGGAGAGGGUCAUCCAGCAGCUGGAAGGAGCUUUUGCCCUUGUGUUCAAGAGUGUUCAUUACCCUGGGCAGGCGGUUGGUACCAGGCGAGGCAGCCCCCUGCUCAUCGGCGUGCGCAGCGAGCACAAGCUCUCCACCGACCACAUCCCCAUCCUGUACCGCACAGCUGUACAAUCUAUGGAUCAUUCUUUUGAUGGAAUAUCCAUAAAAAUGGAGGAAGGGAAAGACAAGAAGGGGAGCUGCAGCCUGUCCCGAGUGGACAGCACCACCUGCCUCUUCCCCGUGGAGGAGAAAGCUGUGGAAUAUUACUUUGCUUCUGAUGCCAGCGCUGUCAUCGAGCACACCAACCGCGUGAUCUUCCUGGAGGAUGACGACGUGGCGGCCGUGGUGGACGGGCGUCUGUCCAUCCACCGCAUCAAGCGCACGGCCGGCGACCACCCGGGCCGGGCCGUGCAGACCCUGCAGAUGGAGCUGCAGCAGAUCAUGAAGGGUAACUUCAGCUCGUUUAUGCAGAAGGAAAUAUUUGAACAGCCAGAAUCUGUUGUUAAUACGAUGAGAGGAAGGGUCAACUUCGAUGACUACACUGUGAACCUGGGUGGGCUGAAGGAUCACAUCAAGGAGAUCCAGAGGUGUCGGCGUUUGAUCCUCAUUGCCUGUGGCACGAGUUACCACGCAGGAGUGGCUACCCGCCAGGUGCUGGAAGAGCUGACGGAGUUACCUGUCAUGGUGGAGCUGGCCAGCGACUUCCUGGACAGGAACACCCCCGUGUUCAGGGACGACGUCUGCUUCUUCCUCAGCCAGUCAGGGGAGACAGCAGACACCCUGAUGUGCCUUCGGUACUGCAAGGAGAGGGGAGCCCUGACCGUGGGCAUCACCAACACCGUGGGCAGCUCCAUCUCCCGCGAGACCGACUGCGGGGUGCACAUCAACGCGGGCCCCGAGAUCGGCGUGGCCAGCACCAAGGCCUACACCAGCCAGUUCGUGUCCCUGGUGAUGUUUGCCCUGAUGAUGUGCGAUGACAGGAUCUCCAUGCAGGAGCGGCGCAAGGAGAUCAUGCGGGGGCUGAAGGGGCUGCCAGACUUGAUUAAAGAAGUGCUGAGCAUGGAUGAUGAGAUCCAGAAGCUGGCCACAGAGCUGUACCAUCAGAAGUCUGUCCUCAUCAUGGGACGUGGCUACCACUACGCCACGUGUCUGGAGGGAGCCUUGAAAAUAAAAGAAAUCACCUACAUGCACUCGGAAGGGAUCCUGGCCGGGGAGCUGAAGCACGGCCCGCUGGCCCUGGUGGACAAGCUCAUGCCUGUGAUCAUGAUCAUCAUGAGAGACCACACCUAUGCCAAGUGCCAGAACGCUCUCCAGCAGGUCAUUGCACGGCAGGGACGACCUGUGGUGAUUUGUGACAAGGAGGACAUCGAGACCAUUAAGAACAACAAAAGAACAAUCAAAGUUCCCCACUCAGUGGACUGUCUGCAGGGGAUCCUGAGUGUGAUCCCUCUCCAGCUGCUGGCGUUCCACCUCGCCGUGCUCAGGGGCUAUGAUGUUGAUUUUCCAAGAAAUCUGGCCAAGUCCGUAACUGUAGAGUGAAAGAUCAUCUGAAUCAUAGGGGCAAAGGGGAAUUAAAUGAAAGACUUUUUUUGGUACCAAAAUAACUUGAUUUUAAAGCCCCCUAGGUAAAUCUUAUUUUGCUAAAUCAUUGUUUGUGUGUAAGAUCACCAUAAUUCCAUUACAUUAGUGAUUGUCCAAUUGAUUCCACAUGCUAUGUCAAUAGCUCUGGGUUUUUUUGAACAACAGACUUCCAUGAAAGAUGUUAAAUGGUUUUCCUUAAAGAUUGCUGAGUCUUCUAGGUAAGGGGCCCUCCAUUUUACUUUGAGCUGAUGUCAUUGUCUCUUACCCCAUGUGGCUCAUUCCAGUCAUUGAUGAGAAACCACUGAAGGAAUUAAUCAGUCAGCUGUCAUGCUCUCAGGCAGUGAAGCAGGACACCAGAAUACACACCUGGAACAAGAGCUGGUACUGGUCACGCUUGUGCAGAUAUUCUACCAGUGAAGGAAACUGCAGACAAGCCUUUGGGUAAAUUCCUGCCUCAGGUACACGAGGGAAUUCAGCUGAGCUGUCACAGCCUCCUCGCUCCUGGGCACGUGGUGAAUGUGCCAAGGAGAGAACGCUGCUCCAGAAGGAUUUUAUCUAUGCCAAAAACAUAGCAAGUGACAAUCUCGUAGCCAUGGUGGCCACGGCGUGGUGUGACCCCAGUGUGGCCAGUGGGACCCGCCCUAGCUGGGACUGGGAGCACUGGCUGGCCAGUGGGGGUGAGGGCAGAGAGGAGUGACCAGUGCUCGCCCUGAGCUGGUGGCUGUUGCUGCUGAUGGUUGGUUGGGGUUUUUUAAAACAAGUGCUGAGGGUUUUCCCCCCAAACUGAGGGGCACUGGGGCAUUGUAACACACCUGAGUGUCCCAGCUCUGUGCAGGGCUUUUUGCUGCAGGUCACUCUCUGGUCUGGGUGUGUUUCUGCCUUGUGUCUCCCCAGCAGAGAGGGCUCUAAAGCUCCUUCCUGAAGCUUGUUUAGCCAAAGUCCCCUGAUGACAGCGAGGGCUCAGGUUUAUUUAGCAGCAGUUCUUGUGUGACUUGUGUCAAAUUCAGCUGAUUUCAAAUUGAAGGGGAUAAAAAGGCUCCAUAAACACGACACAAAUAAAUACCUUGGUAAUAUUUCUAUAACAAGCUUGAAGAGAAUCAGAAAUGACACAGAAAAUAUACCUUCAGGACUCAAAACUUUUCUGAGGAAAAGUUGGCUUUUUCUGAGUCAUCAAAGGGCAGUUAUUAUGUAUUUCCUAAUGCAAAAAGGUGAAUUUCCUCCCACCUUGCUGGGUUUUGAAUUAACCUUUCACAGGCACCGUAAAAACAUGCUACCAGGUAUAAAGUGGUGCUGAUGAAUAUUCCAGGUCAUUUACUGCCCCUGAAAAAUGGCUUUAGCAGAUGCAGUGCCUGGGGACUGCCCAGCACCCUGCAAACUCCGGUUCCCCUGGCACAGGGCGCCAGUGCUGCACAAACACGACCCAGGCUGGUCCAAGGCAUUCCCAAAGACUCUGCAGGAAUUCUGCAAUGUAUAAACCCACAGGGACUAUUUCACUGCAGUUCAGUGUCAGCUCAAGGCUCAGUUUCAUUGUGAGAAUGAAAUGCUGCGUGCCUGGAAACAGCUUCUCAAAGCCAGUGUAUGUGUUUAUUAUCAUAUUCAGACUAUUAAUUUAUGAACACAUUGUGCUGCCAGUGUCUGUUUAAGAACAAAGUAGUAAAUGCUGCAUUUUAGUUCAGCAAAUGCUGUGUGUGUGAGGCACUGCCCUGUGGCAGCUGUGCCUCUGCCUAAACAUGACCAGGAGCCCUCCCUGCUUCAUUGGAGGAUGAUAAUUGUCCUUAAGGAAAAAACAAGGCACGUUCAGUGCUAACAGGUGGAAGACAGGUCCUCCUCUUCCUCCUCCUGCUCCUCCUCCUCCUCUUCCUCUUCCCUCCAGCUUGCUUAAGAGAAACUGUGCAGGGCUGGAUCCAGGCCGGGCUCCCCCUGGAUCCUCCUGGCACAGGGAUGUGCAGUGUCCCCAUCCUUUGUUCUGAAACAGCCCCACAAGGGAAUUAUUUUGGAACGGAUGCCCUUUUUCCCUGCCUGCAGCCAGCAUUGCUUUUACCCUGCCUUGCACAGAGGGCUGCCCGUGGGCAGGGGGGGCAGACACCCCUGUGAACACAAGCUGCUGCUCAGCAGAAGUUUGUUAGUGCAGGCUGUUAGACAUUUGUGAAAGUUGUGUACAAAGAGGACCAAAGAACAGGAGUCUGAGUCAGAAAUGUCCGCUGUGACACGGCCGUGUCGGUGGAGCUGCAGAGCUCGUGCUGAGCUCUCUGGGUUUGUGCUGUGCCAGACAAAUCCUUGUUCCGUGUAGCUGGGGGUAUUGAUGGGUCAGGGGAACAGGUAGUGCCCACCCCCACCUCUGCCAGCAAACUGCCUGGAGUGUCAAACUCUUGUCUGCCAAAUCUGAGGGCUCGGAGCUGUUGCAGUGAGGCUGAUGGAUGCUGUAGGCUCGGUCUCAAAGGAUGCUCUGGAGCACACCUGUGUGAAGAAUUUCUCUGCUGAGCGUAGCAGGGAACCUGUUAAAGCAUCUCGUUGUUGUUGUUGCCAUGCAGUGUGAAGUGAGAAUGUACAAAGGACUCUUUUUAGCUUUCCUUACCUCAUUUUGUCCACGUGUUGCAUUUCGAUGAACAGAUGAUGUUUCUCUUUUCCGUAGAAAACUUUCAGGAUGUCUCGUGGUAUUUAUUAACAGCCAGUCUUCUGCUCUCCCAAAUGAAUGUUUUGCUUACUGAGCCAGUAAAAUUCUCUCCUUCCUCACUGAGAUGUUGAAAAAUUCAGUAGCCCUGUCUCUAAAAUUGAGCCACAGGUAAAUACAGAGAAAGGCUUUUGCCAUCUGGAAUAGCAGCUCCUAUUUCUGCCUGCUUUGGUCACAGUUUAUUUUUGGUAUAAAUAACUCUGUUCCUCACCUGCAGAGACUCAAGGGAAGCCCUGAGGUCUUGGGGGGUUUUAAUUUCCAAAGACCAGAGGGCUCCCAGCUCAGCAUAUGUUUCUGCCCAGCAGUUCUCAGACAGAUUUCACACUGCUGGGAAGAUUCCAUACACACACACAAAUGGAGCUGCACAUGGAAUAUGCUGCAGCCAGAAAGGUUUUUUUCCCCCAGCCCUGCUGCAGAAGGGCUGUGGACAGUUUUUUCCCAGAUUUGUCCUAGUCAGCACUGUCUGUGCACAUUCUCACCAAGAGCCCCCAGCAGUGCCUGGGUGGCUGGCCCUGGGCAGGGCCGUCUCCUGUGGCUCUUCUGUCCCAAAAGCUGCCUGGACUCCCUGUGUUGGGUCAGGCUCAGCCCCCUGUGCUGAGAGAGCCAAAAGCUUCACCUAGAGCCUUUCCCAGCCACCUGGGAUGGAGCUCGUGGGCCUCAUGCAAAACCUCAGUGUGGAGCCUUAAGCCCAGCCCAGGCACGGGGGGCUGGUUGAGCUGCAGAGUGAAGCAUCCAAAGGCACAAGUCAAACCCACACCAGUGCAGAAUUGGGCCUUUCCCCUUCCUGGCUGUCCCUAGGAGUCCUUGAUGCCACAAGCAGGUGCCUGGUGGCCGUGUUGGAUGGAGGGAGGGACUAAAAUUAAGUGGCUUAAGUGGCACGUCAGUGUUUAGCUGUGGCUAAUUUUGGAUCCUACCUGAAUGUACCAAACUUGCCUCAAAGCAUGGAGUCCCUCCUCUUCAUCAGAAACAGGAAGAAGAAGAAACAUUUGGGUUGAAAAAAAAAAAGGAAAGAAAACUAUUUGCCUUCAAUUCAGUUUCUGUAAAUAGACAUUUGAGUGGCAAACCCACAUUUCCUCCCUUGUAGAUUCUCUGCCUCUGCUGUACAUAUCCAGCUGGCUUGGGUUGUGGGGACCAGACUGUACCGUGUUUCCUGUCGUGUGCUGUAUGCAGAAGAUGUCUUACUUUUGUCUGUAGUGUUUUAUAAUUUGGGUUUUGUCUCUUUGCUUACUUUUUUUGUAUCUCACCCUUUGAAUAAAAUCAAGUGCCCUACAUGAAA